CACAAAAUUAAUCCUCUCGUUCUUUCUCUCUCACUUCACAUAUCACGACUGACCACGUCUGACCUCUCUCUCUUUCUUUCUCAGAGCUAAUGCCAAAGAACAACUACAUGCUCUCUGCCAAAAAGAAAAGAAAAGAGAAAGGCAGGGAAUGUUCAUCUUCUUCUUCUUCUUCUCCUCCUCCUCCUCCUCUUAUUAAUAUCAUUAAUUGACUGUUUCUCUAAAGAAUACAACUCUGCUUCUAGAUAAAUAUAUAUAAAUAUACAGAAUGGGUGGGGUGACUUCCUCUAUGGCAGCAAAAUUCGCUUUUUUUCCUCCGAACCCCCCUUCUUACAAGUUAAUUGCUGAUGAUGCUACUGGCCUUUUGCUUCUAGACCACUUCCCUCACCGUGAAAACGUCGACGUCUUGCGCCUACCUACUCGCCGAGGCACUGAGAUCGUUGCUGUGUAUGUUAGGUAUCCCAUGGCCACUUCUACUCUGCUGUACUCUCAUGGAAAUGCUGCUGAUAUUGGCCAGAUGUAUGAGCUCUUCAUCGAAUUGAGUAUCCACUUGCGUGUCAAUCUCUUGGGGUAUGACUACUCAGGCUAUGGACAGUCAUCAGGAAAGCCGAGUGAGCACAAUACUUAUGCUGACAUUGAAGCUGCUUAUAAGUGUCUUGAAGAGAGCUAUGGUGCCAAGCAGGAGAACAUAAUCCUUUAUGGUCAGUCUGUUGGUAGUGGGCCUACUUUGGAUCUUGCUGCACGUUUACCCCGGUUAAGAGCUGUUGUUCUGCAUAGUCCUAUACUGUCAGGGUUAAGAGUCAUGUAUCCUGUGAAACGCACAUAUUGGUUUGAUAUCUACAAGAACAUAGACAAGAUUCCAUUGGUGAAGUGCCCUGUGCUGGUUAUCCAUGGAACUUCUGAUGAAGUAGUUGACUGUUCUCAUGGCAAGCAGCUUUGGGAAUUAUGUCAAGAGAAAUAUGAACCACUAUGGCUCAAAGGAGGUAAUCACUGUGAUUUAGAGCUGUAUCCAGAGUAUCUUAGGCAUCUGAAGAAGUUCAUAUCAACAGUGGAGAAAUCACCUUCACGAAGAAAUACUUCUAGGAGAAGUGUAGAUGGUAUGGAACAGCCUAGACGGAGCACCGAUUGUUUUGAGGCUCCACGGAAGAGUACAGACCGGAGGGAGAAACCAAGAAAAAGCACUGAUAGACCUGAAAAACUGAAGUUUCAUGAAUACAAGUUUACCAAUAUUGAAAAACUAGAAAAGUUGAAGGUCUCCUUUGACCAAAUGGAGAGGUCGCGGAGAAGUGUGGAAUACCACGAGAAAUCUAGAAGAAGCAUCGACCUACAACUAGAAAAGGCACGGAAAAGCGUCGAUUGGCUGGAUAGGAUUCGUGCUGGAUAGAAGCCCAAGUCCUUUGUAAAAUUUGUGCACUAUUGGUUUUUUGGGGGGAAGGGGAAAGGAAAAUGGGGAAAAAGGGAAAAUUAUUUGGUAUUUUAACUAGUGAAUUCAGAGUGUGUGCCUUGCUCAUUGAAGUUGCAUAAUAACUGUUUAAUGGGAUUGUAGGGUUUGAUAUACUGGGUCCGGGUGGGAUUGUUAUCGUUGAUUGUUAAUGGAAGAAUUCUAACCUCUUUAUUCUACUUUGUCCAAAAGAAAUGAAGCUCACAGGUUAUAAUCAGUC